ACCAUAUUCGAUAUUCGCCGUUAUUCGCUAUCUAUGAUGGUCUUUGGCAGAAUUUAAAAAUAAAUGUUUGUGUUGUGACGUGAAAGUUUAUGUUUUUAUUUUAACUUUCCUUCAGUCAAAGUUGGAAGUGGGAGAAUCUAUGUCCUUGAGUAUGUUGGAAAGUACGGAAGAGCUACGGAUGUGCCGAAAAUGCACCAUAUGCUUUCACUUGGCACACUUCCGUGAAAGUAGCAGAAGUCGUUGCUAACCGAGUGAUUGUUAGGCUGGAAAGUAUUUGCAGACAGAGCAUAAGUAAAGUAUCGAAAUGGUUUCGUGUGUUCCCGCAAGUAGGUGUUUUUUAAAGAGCUAUUCGAGUGCAAGAUCGUCCCGUGCCCUCUAUCGUUGGAGUGUUGUGUUGGGACUCCAGCUCGGGAAUGAAAGUUGUAGGAAUGGUUUACAUGCGUGUGAGAGGUCGUUCAGCGUCGGAAGAAGUUUCAGCCGUCACCAAAAACCAGAUUGGAACAAAGCAGUGUCUGAAGCAGAAAAGAUUGUUGGAUAUCCUACUUCGUUCUUGAGUUUGAGGUGGUUGUUGAGUGAUGAAAUUGCUAAUGUCGCUCUCCAUCUUCGUAAACUUGUGGGAUCUAAUCAUCCCUUGCUAAAAACAGCAAAGAGCCUGCUGUACAACGGGCGCAACAACAUGCAGGCGUGGGGGCUCAUCGUGCUGCUCAUCUCGAAGGCGGCCGGCCACCUCAACGUGGAGGACAUGGAGGAGGACAAGGCGGCGGGGGUGCUCCACAGCCAGCGGGCCCUGGCGGAGGUGACGGAGAUGAUCCGGACCAGCCACCUGGUGCACAAGGGUCUGGUGAACAUCUACCCGGGGCUGUACCCGGAGCCCGCCGUCCUCAACGACAUGACCUUCGGCAACAAGAUAGCGCUGCUGAGCGGAGACUACCUGCUCGCCAACUCCUGCAUGGAGCUGGCCUCCCUGCGCAACCAGGACCUGGUGGAGCUGAUGAGCAGCGCGGUGCGCGACCUGACGGAGGGGGAGUUCGUGGGGCGGCGCGACAAGCAGAACAACCCGCUGCCCUCGCUGGAGGGCGGGGACGCGACGGGGGAGUGGACCCUGCGCAGCGUGCUGUCGGGGGGCAGCCUGCUGGGCAAGUCGUGCCAGGGCACGCUCAAGCUGGCCGGCCACGCGCCCCAGCUGCAGCGCCAGGGCUACAAGUUCGGCAAGCACCUGGCCCUCGCCUGGCAGGCCUGCCUGGAUCUGGAGCCGUUCACCGCGGGGUCCAACUAUGUGCCCGGGACUCCGUUCACGCUGACGUCUGCCCCGGUCAUGUUCCACCUGGAGUACGACCCAAGCCUGUUCACGCAGAUCGACAAGGGCAUGGAGUCCGUCAAGGACAUUGAUUAUGCACAGGUCUACGACACGGUGCUGGGCGGACCGGGCCUGGCGCGCACCAAGCAGCUGCAGACGGCCCACUCCCAGCAGGCCAUGGAGGUGCUGGGCGUGUUCGAGGACAGCGACGCCCGCACGGCGCUGCGCAACAUCAUCGUGGCCAUGGGCGACCUCUGACGGGCCGCACCCUCGCUCGGCCUCUGCCGUGUUGCCGCGAGGCGCGUUAGCCUCUGGGUAGAGACAGAGACGAGCUUUAGUUGGUUUUUAUUUUAUCGUAACACCCACUCUGCCAAUGUAGCGGCAAAAAUUUUUAAAAAUAACAAAAAUCAUGUCGCGGGUUUAACUAAGGACAUAGGAGCGGUGUCUUUGCAGCGUGGCAGCCUGCCCGCUUGAUGUCCCAGGUUGUUCCUGCUCAUCUAUAGAAUUUGGCGCGUGCCCUUCCACACUCGCCGGCUUCCCUGACGAGCUGGAAGAAGAAUUGGUCCACGUCUAUUCGGGGGGGAAGCCUGGCCAGCUCGCUGUUGCGCGGGUGGUAUGCCGGGUGGAAAGUCAGGGGUACGAUACUUUGCAAGUGUGCGCAGGUACACACGUUGCAAUCAUUUCAAAUAAAACGGGUCUAAAAAUGUUCACAAAACUGAAUUGAAACUAAUAGUUCGGCUGCGUGACGCCCAGCGACGCGGAGAAACAAUAAAAGACUGACGAAACUAUUUACAGAUGGCACUGCUGAGCACGACGGCCGCACGAUCAAUGGCGCCAAAUUCAAAUAUCCAAACCACCGCCACACAUUCUAGCACUACGCCCAAACAAACACAGAGACAUUCGGAAUAAUACAAAUAAUUUAGCGAGCAUUUAAGGUUUCAAAUUGAUGCUAUAAGAGAUCCGCAAUUAAAGAAAAUUGAAUUAAUUUUUUUUGCUGCUCCGUGCAAUUUUUUUUAUUCGUAAAUGACGACAUUCCUGGAAAUUCAUACUUUAAAGGAUACCUUUUUUUUUUUGUUAUGAUUUUAAUUAAGUUUUGGUUAAACGCUACUUAAUUCCUUGAUAUGACUUGCUUUUCAGUGUUAUUUAGUUUUUAUCGCCAUAUAAUCUUGUCCCUAAUUAUGUGAAAUAGGUCUUUCCUGUACAAAACAUGUACUAAUUAAUCUGCAACCAGCUCCAUUCUGAGGAUAAAUCAAUUGAAAUACUUGACAAGUGAAUAUUUGCUCAAAUUAAAGUAAUGACGAAAAAUAGUCCUCAACUAGCUAUAAACACUCAACUGCAUGCCUUUGUUGACAAGUUUCUUAUACUUGCGCACACGUAGAACACUGCAGCCAUCUGACAAGUCACGCGAUGUUGUCGCCCCUGUGUCUGAUCGUGACAGUUUUGUCGCGUCGUGCUGCGUUUGAUUGUGUGUACAUUUUGUAUGGAUGCAUGGAAAUUAACUACCAUCAGACAAAAGCCGUGUCACGUCGCAUAUCAGUCUGUGUGCCCGGCAUGAGAGGUAGUAAUUAAAUCUUUUCACACUUACAAAGAAAAAAAAACUUUGUCUUCUAGACUUUCAGUGACCUGAUUCACCGUGCAUUCGUAAUUUGCAGUUUGUCCAGAACGCAUGGGCCUGUAUGAUUAAAUUAUUUUAAUUUACAUUUCUUUGUCACUUGAGACAUAUUAGCACUUCAGUUAAAUACACAAAUCCAAAUUGUCCGCCUAAUUUUUUUCCCCGCUGAUUUCCUCGACUCGCGGACGGAGGGCGGGUGUGUUGGCUAAUCAGAUAAAGCAAAACUGGCUGCAUGAACGUCGCUGAUACGUUCGGUGUGCACGCGCUGCUUCACGUAAUCCCGCAGGUAAGCGUAUAAUGGCGUCAGGUCCAGAGAUUGUGGUGGCCGUGUGCAACAACACCCCCGCCUACCGGCCGCUGGGGACUGCUGUACCCAGAACUCACGAACAGCGUUGCCGCAGUGUGGAGUACCGUCCUCGUGUGCAGGCUCGGAGUGUUCAUCCUUUAUUUGGCCAAGAUUUCACAUUUCCACCUUGUUUCGUUGCUUUCCCUGUAACCGGUGGCUUUACGGACACACACAUAUAAGUUAUAAAAUCUUGGCUCUAAUUAUGAUGAUGAUAUCUCAAAUGUAAGUUGGCCUUAAAUAUACACCUGAAAUGUAUACUUUUUGUAUCAGUUUUGCAUGAUAAGUUACAAUCUAUAUGAUUUCUAAUGUAAUGUUUAAUGUUUUUUUUUUAUUAAAUAACAUUUUAUAUUCAAUAAGUGCAAGGGACUUAUUAUUAUGAAAACAAUUUUCACUAAGGAGUGAGCAUUAACAAAUAUAUUUUUUUUUAAAUUACAUUUUCAUUAUGUCUUGUUGAAGAAAAGCAGUAUUCUCACAAUCCUGUCCUUGUACCUGUGCCUGCAAUACGGCAGACACUGAAUUGCAUUCAAAGCUGUUGCAAUGUGGUUUAACUCUACGUGGCAUUACUUACGUCAUUAAUUUAUUACAAGUGCUUUUACUUAAUUUAAGACUUCAUUUUCACGCAUAAUUUGUAAUGAGUAUUGAUUCAAAAAUUAAGUUUUUAAAUAUGUAUAUGUGUUUAUGUUUAUCAGUUAUGUACUUAAGUAUUAUAAAAUUGUUGGUUUUAUCGGUUACCUCUGAAGAAGUUUUUUUUGUUAGUAAAUUUUAAUUUUACAGUUCCAUUAGAAACCUCUUAGAAAUGAGAAUUAUUAAUUUUAAUAAUGUUAAUAUUAAUUUUAGUUUCUAUGUACAUUAUAUGAUUUAGUCUUAGUUUACUAUUACUAGUAUUAAUAUUUGAAGUGGGUUUGAAUGUAAGAAAACUAGGUUGAUAGCAAGUUGAAACAUAUUGACCACCCAAUUAUUACUGGUCCUUAAAACAUUUAUUAUUUUAAUUGCUAUGUGUACUUAUAAAAACUAAUAAUGUAACCAAAAUUUAACUGCAAUGUUGAUUUCAAGGAAAGCAACAAGAGAAACAAUUAUUUAAAAACCAGUAGUGUUGUGUUUUGUGGCAAUCAAAUAUUGAAAAGAAAAAAAAGUUAUUUUAUUUAAAAUAUUAAGAUUUUGAUUUUAUGUGCUCUUUUCAUAUUAUUUAGUGAAUGAUAAGAAGUAUGUAUUCAAAAACCCUGGCAAAAUGUGUAGUCAAAGUGUACUUAAUGCAUGAUAUUGUUAUAAGAAAAUUACUCAAGAUGAUGUAAGAGUCAAACCCUCUUAAAGAUACUUUGUUGGACUAGAAAUUAUUAAAUGACCUUACUACACAUGAUCUUAGACCAAGUACUAAACAAGUGUUUUGUGUUACUGUGAUAAGUAUAAAAUGAGGAAUGAAUCUUAUUAAUAGCAGAAAUAUCUGAUGUGCUUAAUAUUUUAUUUACAUGCUUUGCAAUUUACAGUGUGUUUGGAAAUAGUAAUAAAUAUCUAUUUUUGUUAUGUAUAAUAUAAUAAUUGUUUGGAAUAAAUAUUUUAUACUCUUUUUUAUGGCAAACAAGUUCUUUUAUUUA